CUUAACAAAAUCAAAAAGAAAACCUAAAUAGUCUUUAAAGACUAUCACCCAAAAAAAAUGACCGAUUACGAAGCUGGCUACCAGAGUAACGGGGAGGAUCUUGAAAACUGUAAUGGCGGCGUUCCUUCUCCUCAGCCUCGCGAAGAUAGUCACGGCGGACUUGAUGAUCUCCGUGAUUCCAAAUCUCAGCAUGGAUCUCGUGAACACGAGAGAGGAUCUUCUAGAAGUAGGGAAAAAGAGAAAAGCCGCGACAGGGGCAGGGAGAAGGAUUCUGAUCGUCAUUGGGACAGGGAAAGGGAAAAGGAUAGGGACCGGGGUAAGGAUCGUGAUUGUCAUCACAGAGAUCGUCGUAGGGAGCAGAGUGAGAGGAGGGAAAGAGGAAGAGAUAGGGAUGAAGAUGAUUACCACCGAAGUCGGGACUAUGAUAGGCGAAGGGGUUAUGAUAGAGACAGGGAGAGCAGGAAUAGGCGCGGGUCUCGUAGAUCCGAACACAGAUCAAAGUCAAGGUCCCGCUCUCGCUCAUCCUCAAGGAGCAAAAGGAUUAGUGGCUUUGACAUGGCACCUCCUGCUUCUGCAAUGUUAGCUGCUGGUUCUGGUGGUGCUGUUGCUGCUGCCACCGCUGCAGUCACGGCCACUUCAGUCCAGAUUCCUGGGAAUAAUCCAGCCCUAGCAGGAGUAUUUCCAAACAUGUUUCCUCUGGCAACUGGUCAGUUUGGUGGUCUCCCUCUAAUGCCAGUUCAGGCAAUGACUCAGCAGGCUACAAGGCAUGCUCGCCGCAUCUAUGUUGGAGGACUUUCUCCUACUGCAAAUGAACAGGUUUUACUAUGCAUUAUACUUAACAUUUUCAUUGUUAUAUUUGUGUUAGUGCUGGAACUAACCCUAAAUAUUAUAUUUCAGUCAGUCGCAACUUUCUUCAGCCAGGUUAUGGCUGCAAUUGGUGGAAACACUGCUGAUCCGGGGGAUGCUGUAGUUAACGUUUACAUAAACCAUGAAAAGAAGUUCGCUUUUGUAGAGAUGAGAUCAGUAGAGGAAGCUAGUAAUGCAAUGGCUUUAGAUGGCAUUAUUUUUGAGGGAGCUCCUGUGAAGGUUAGGAGACCCAGUGACUAUAACCCUUCUCUAGCUGCAACUCUUGGUCCAAGCCAGCCUAGUCCCAAUCUUAAUCUAGCUGCUGUGGGUCUAUCUCCAGGAUCUGCUGGUGGGCUUGAGGGUCCAGACCGCAUUUUUGUUGGAGGGCUUCCAUAUUACUUCACUGAAGCACAAAUCAGGGAGUUGUUAGAGUCUUUUGGACCUCUUCGAGGUUUUGAUCUAGUAAAAGAUAGAGAAACUGGAAACUCGAAAGGCUAUGCCUUCUGCAUUUAUCAAGAUCUGUCAGUUACAGACAUUGCUUGUGCUGCUUUAAAUGGAAUUAAAAUGGGUGAUAAAACUCUCACUGUUAGACGAGCAAACCAAGGUACUACCCAGCCUAAACCUGAGCAGGAGAGUAUCCUCCAGCAUGCACAGCAGCAGAUUGCUUUGCAGAGGCUUAUUUUGCAACCACAAGGUGUGCCCACAAAGGUUGUGUGCUUGACUCAAGCAAUUAGCGAAGAUGAUCUUAGAGAUGAUGAGGAGUACGGGGAUAUUGUUGAAGACAUGAAACAAGAGGGUGGAAAAUAUGGUGCAUUGGUAAAUGUUGUCAUACCCCGCCCAAAUCCAAAUGGCGAACCAUUACCAGGUGUUGGGAAGGUAUUUCUGGAGUACUCGGACGUUGACGGUUCCCGAAAAGCCCAGGCUGCAAUGAAUGGAAGGAGAUUCGGUGAUAAUCAAGUAAUUGCUGUCUUCUAUCCAGAGGACAAAUUUGCUCAGGGGGAAUAUGACGCCUAAUAACGGAUCUUAUCUGCCGUGCAUUAUAGUUGUUCGAACUGGUUCUUUCUAUGUUUAGGUUUUUGACUUAAAGAGAUAGUUAAGAUAUAAGAAUUUUAUCCAUGACUACCUACCUUUUUUGUAAUUGUAAUAUUGGUUUGCACUUAAUGUCGAGUUUGUAAUAUGCUAUGCUUAAGAAAAAAUUAUGUCGUUUGUUGUUGCUUA